CUGAAGUCAGUGUCGAUGCGGACACCGGAGGGUGCGGCAGCGCGGCUCUGCCCCGCUCUACACACGCAUUCACACACGACCCUCGGCCGCGCGCCGCUUGCAAAGUCCACAAAAAUCUUAUAUUUGUAGAAAAAGGUGAUUCAAGCUUCGUAUAGGAAGCCUAUAUCUUACGAAGCAAUCAACGUGGAAAAUAUUCACCGUUACUCAAGGAAAUCGGCCUAAAACAAACUUUUUUGCGUUUUUGUAACUUAGUCUCUGAGCGCAGGGAUGAAGCUGAACUUUGCCGAAAGCUGGGAGAAACCAACUUAGUGUUGGAUUUCGCUUGCCUCUGCACAGGACCAACUUCACGGUUCCCAGUGAGCCUGAACACGGCAGCGCCACGAUCACGACGGACCCACAGGCCGAGUCACUUUGGGACUUGUUCUCCAGCUGGUGGUGUGCCAGCACAAGUGAGUUUGUCGAGUGCACGAGUGAGACGAGUUGAGUUGCGCCAGGAUUACCUCUGAACUUUUAAGUGCCGUGAAUGUAAGUUUGUUGAACAUAAAUUUUUGUUCGUUGCAUCAAAACUUGAUCCCAGCUGUGGUCCUGAGUCACCCUCUUGUGCAGUCCCUGCACCAUUCGGCGAGGCACGUAACCAAGGAGCGGCAGUGCGAGAGGGCGGAGCGGCGGUGUCCACAUACUCUGUGGACUUGUGCCGCAGCCGGUGCCCCGUGCGGCAGACUAAGUCCACAAAAGUAAGUGGUCACACCCACACCUCACCUUCACUUCGUGCCCCGCGCCCACCUCCUCGCAGAAAUGUCUCGACUGGCCUCAUGGCCACCUCGGCCAACACCAACUGCACAGGGCCGAGAUGUGUGGCCAGCUACCGGAAACCAGCUGGGGGGACUCUGCCUCCGCCAGCAUGUGUCCUGCCCCCGACCUCGCCCACACCAGCCGCGAUGGCUCCCGUCCAAGUGCCCAGCAUGCACAAGAAAUAAGCUGAAGGGAAUCACCUGAUGAAGAUGAGAAGUAACAGGUUUAAGGAAGCUCUUUAGCGACUUGGCCCAAAAUGUGAAGACAUGAGCGAACAGCUGUGGCCGUCUGUGCGCCACAUGGCCCGCGCCAGCCGCUCGCCACCUGGCGAAAAGUUGGGAGUGAACCAAAUCACUACCAUCGCAAGAAGUUUGAAUCAGAAAGCCAUAACUUUUGGGGUUCGGUUUCGUAACGUGGCCGGAUGGACCCGUCUUCGCAGCCCUCUGGCCACGGACACCAAAGGGAUAAGCCCUCCGACUUCACCAGGGAAAACGAGAUUGCCAACCCAGCUUUAUGGACAGUAAAAUCGACCUCCCAUGAAUCAGCGCAAUGCAAGACUUGAGAGAAAGCAAGUCCAGCUUGGCCAGUGGUCGCGUGACGCUGGUCUGACCUGGCCUGGCCACCGCCGCCCGGCCGCACUGACCAGACUGGACCUCGAUGCAGUAAGAACAGUGCCGGGCAGAACACAGACAGAUACUGCCGGGCACGUAUGUCACCUUCGAUGGGAAAGUUGGACCUCAGCCAAAUGCCUCAAAAUUAUAACAGUUCGACGGGACGCAGGAGAUCCUCGUGGAGCCGGUACUGCUGCGAGACUGCCCGACUGGGGAUGGUCCUAAAUACAAGUGGACAAUAUGGAACGAAAAUGGCCAGAAAAUCCCCUUCACAAACACGCGGCUGGACGCGCCCUCCCUCCUCAUCCACCCCGUGUACGACCACCCCUGGCCCACCUGGACAAACAGCAAUACCGCCAGGAAGGAGUUCAGGAAGGUGCUCAUGAUGCUGAUGGGGGAGAAAGCCGUGACCGUGGGGGCCCUGGCGCCGCACACGCUGAAGGCCGGCGAGUACCUGACUCAGCUGACGGUGGAGGAGCUUGGCACCAUCGUGGAGGCCUCCGUCAACACAUCCUUCAGUGUUGUGGCUACCAGGCUGAGGGUGACCUUCGUGGACGGGACGGAGCGAGAGGUGGACAAGGAUAGCAACGUGACCCUGCGAGUGGAGGUGGCGUCGCCCUCGCCCAACUACACCCUCCACUGGGACUGCUUCCCCCAAGGCUUCCCGGGCGCCACCUGCUUCCAACAGCCGGACAUCCUCAACACCUUUCCUACCACCACCAACGUCGGCGAAAACUUCUUCUCCCGCCUUCAACACCUCUGGGAAUUACUCCACAAUAACAACAGUAUCAACGAUAACAACAACAACAUGAACAUCGAGGAGAAGGAAAACCUCUACGAUUUCUUGCACAGUUCUCCCCCGCCUCCCGUGGAAGAAGAGGACCAUGAGUUCGAACAGCAUUUCUUUAACAACAACCACACCUACAUCGUGAGCCUUACCUUCCCGGCCUCUAUCCUGCUUACCGCCCACACCCGAUUCCACUUCAGUGUUUCUGUCACUAGGUCCUACCAACUGCUCCCUGUCAACGCCUCGCAGCUGGUGGUCGUCAUGCCAUCCAAAGACAACAUUGGGAUCCAGACCUGCCUCGGGUCACAGUUUCCCUUCGGCGCCCAACGGAGGAUGGUGUUUGAGAGCGAGUGCAUGUCCUGCUCGCCGGAAGAGCUGGAGGAGCUGCAGUACACGUGGAGACUCAACAUGAUAGUGAAUGAGCAAACCUUUGCCGAGCAGCGGAAAGACCCUGACGAGAAGGAAGUUGCCCUUGAGCGAGCCCUUAGACGAGGCAGGAUAGAGGAAUUCUUCCUACCUCGACCCAGGGACUACCUCCGCGUUCACAACAUAUCAUUACUGCAGGAGGCUCUGAUCCACGCUGCUCCAGAGGAGGACGUCGACACCGCCCCCGCCUCUCCCACGCUCCGCCUCAGCCCCCGUGACCUGCAAAACAUGCCAGGAGUCGUCACGCCGGAGAUCAUGGCUCAAGCCGCAGAAAUAUACCGCCAGGGGGGUGGCCUGAGGCACUCUUCCCGGGACGCCCGAGGCAGCCUACACAGGUCGCCUACGACUCGCAUGAAACGAGAUUUAGAACAGAGUGACCCAGCACUCAUCCCCAAAGUGAAAAAGAGUAGCCCGUCAUGGCCUGUAGGCGAUUCAGGCGUGAUGGACGGUCUCCUAAGUAGUGGCCAGGAAGGUGGAGAGGCACGGGUCUCGGCCACUGCACCAGCGGCAGCACGCCACGCCCAGCGCCGCCAGAUGAGAGAGGACGAUCGUACAUCUUCCUCCCAAACCAAUAUGCGUCGAAAGGUUGUUGGCCGUCAUUCAGGUGAGGCGGCUCAAGGACCCGUGACGGACGAGGCCGCUCUACCGGCGCGAGGCUCCCCCACCGCCCCCGCCCUCGUCAAGGUCACGUUCGGCAGCCACCAAAGCCACCUGGCUCACCGCACCACCCACAACCCCCGCCAGAGAGCAAAGGACGGGGAGGGAGGGAGUCCUGCCACCCACCCGCCAACUGCUCACGACCCGCCACUGAGACUACCUGAAAGGAACACCGUCUCUGUGGAAACUGAACACCAGACCGAACCCACUGAGAUUCCUGACCAUCGACGCAUUACGAAAAGAAACUCGAGAGCAGAAAAAAUGAUUGAGACGUACGAAAUGGCUUUUGCAGCCCCGUGGAUUGCGUCGGCGCAGGGUGUGGGCCACGGCGGGUCACGCAAUAGUGGAGUGAAGUGGGAGGCAAUGGGAAAAGUUGUUGAUGUUGAAGAGGCGACCCAACAGCACCAAGUCAUUCCGAGUAAGGGAAAAGUCCAAGAAAACGAGUAUCUGAAGAUCAUGGAGGAGGAAAAAGAGAAAGAUUUGAAGGAGAAAGAAGACGAAAAGAGACUGUGGCAGGUAAAUGACGUCGAUCACGCAGUGCGUUAUCAUCCGCUUGGCGGCGGAAGUGGCAGAGGAGAGGAACGACGACCAGUGACCGAAGCAGCGCCCCGGACGGGAGGCGUGUCGACGGAUGUGCACGAGGGGCUAAUGGAAGAUGAGAGGCACAGCACCGUCACGCCGCUCCCCGACACGCCAGCAGCCGUGCACGAGGCUGCUACAGCCCAAGAGAAAGUUACAGCUGGGCCUCUACCCAAGGGAAUCACGCGGGAGUCAGCGCAGUUACAACACGCCAUCAGCACAGCAGAUGAUGCUUCCACCGCACCCACCUUGAAACCGGCAACAAGAAACCCGAAUCUGCCCAACGAAGCUGAAGAGGCUCGUGAGCGGCAUGGGCCUGGGUGGCAGCAUCGCCAGCACCCUCAUGGUCCUGGGGCUGUGCCUUCCCCCUUGCCGCCGCUUCUGCCCCCUAGGUCGCCUUCCAUUUCCAUUACUUUACGGACAGAUAAUAAAGAGGGAGACCAAUUUUCGUCUGAUCCUAAUCAUGCCGCUAGAAGGAGCGAGGGACCGGAGACGUCAGCCCUCCCCCAGCAGCUCCGCGGGUCAAGAGGCAAGGAUCCAGGAGGAGGAGCUCCGCCAACAGAGAUAGCCGAACGGCUACGGCAGCGAGCAGAUCAGCAGAGAUUUCGUGGAAAAGUAAAGAAGCAACGUAAAAAAGAAAAGCUUAAAAGUACGAAAACAGAGCGACGUAAAGGAGGAAGCGACAAAGGCCGCCAAGAAGUACGUGGCCGUGGCGGCGGCGACGCGACUCCACGCCACCCCUGGGAGCAGGAAGUUGGGUACAAAGAAAAUGACUUGACCUCGAGAGUCAGUGUGAAAGUCGCUGAGGAUGAGGCGAACGACGCCCAGGAGGCCCAGCAUGACGUGGGCGGUGCGGGCGAGGCGAGACAAGUGGCACGGACUAGCCGUCUGCUCGCCCAUCAGCACAGUGACUCAGCACACACGCCUGUCAGCCCCACACCCCGGACCCUUUCAGAACGGGGUGGAGCAGCAGCUGUGAAUCCCGAGCCCCCUGCUGGCGAGGGGCUACUCUGGUAUGAGCGUGAGGGGAAGCCGGCGGCUGUGAGGGGCGUGGGUGGCAAAGUGAGAGCCUCAGAACCCCGUCAUUCCCUUCCCGGAGCGACGCGCCCGACCCAAACCCAUCCAUGGCCCGGCAUGUUUUCCUCCUCUGCACCCUUAGAUUCCCAGAGCAUCCCCACCGACCCUCCCCGCGGCCCCGAGUCCACCUCCAGGGUGCCGGACUAUCACGAGUACAUGAAACUUAAAAUGGCAGAACUCGGUCACCGUAAAAUCGACUCCCAUGGAACUUUUGGGCCAGACCGAAGCACUGGAAAUCCAGCGAGAAAACCCGAUGGGCAGGGCAAGGAAGGAGAGUCAGCUCCGCACGGGCUUCAUCCCCGCCUUGCUGAUGGAAAGGCGCCCAAUCACACCACCGAGGAUGGAAUGGACCAGGCGGCGUCCGCGUCACAAAGGCGCCGAGCGCAACUCGGCCCCACGGAUCAUGUGGAGGAGGAACGACAUGACUCCCUCACCCUCGCCCCGCCAGCAAGUCCCCCCCUCUUCCCCGGCAGCAGCAGCAGCAGCAGCAACGGCUCACCAGCAGUUCCAUGGUAUAAAAUGCAGGGACGGAAUGUCGUGGAGGCAGCGGGCGGAGACGGGUCAGACUCGACGGGCAGAGGUCAGGGUGAGGUGGACCCCCAAGGCGUUGCUCCCCCGCCGCCGCCACCCCCUGAAGGCCGAUCGUCGCCGUCGCGGGGCCCCGGCUACAUCAAGGACAUGGCCGAGUUCGUGCGCCGCACGGGCAGCCUGCCGGACCUGGGCUGCCGCGCCCACCGCUGGGAGGAGUGCGCCGCCGCGUCACCUGGGGCUGAGCGUGUCACCGAGACGCUCCGGAACACCCUAGGGGACGCCAGCAACGACUCCACCAUCAUGCGGUCUGAUAACAGUGAAGAAAUAUUUGUAACUGAGGAGAGUCAGGUCAGUGUCAUCCUCUUUGGACAGUUGACAUCCACAGGGACCCACAACCCAGUGCUGGUACUUUACAUGGACCUGCUCUCCACCAACCAGAACUACAUCCUCUACCUCAACACCUACAACCCCAUCACCAACAACACAGGCCGUGCCAAACAGCUCAUCAAAUUCUCUCCUGCCCCCACACUGGAAAAUUGCCAAGUGAUCCCACUCUCUAAAACCAAAAGAUCAUACUUCCGUGCCUCAUGUAGUGAUGUGAAAGGUCAUUUCUACCCAGUGGUGCUUCAGUGGAGCUACCACUUCCUGUGGCUGGGGGCCAAAACUAUCUUUUAUCAUGGAGCAAGAACCUCAUUUGACUUCACUCUCCCACCAGGCCUAGAGGCAUAUGAUUACAAAGUGUACAUAUCAGUUAAGGCCAUUGAUGGAAAAGGAGUAUCUUUCAGAUAUUCAGAUUUACCACCAAUCAAAGUUGUGCCCAGAUCAGACAGUGGAGACGGUGUCCUGUCAAUCUUCCAAGAAAUCUCCACUAUAGAGAAUGAAAGUCCUCCUCUCUUACUGCAGCAGGUGCGCUCCUUGGCAUGGGAACUCAACAUUCUCCGGCCAUCGGCUAUAACACAGACUGUUGUAGACAACAUCCUGACCAUCCUCUUUUACAGUACAAGCUGCAAAGACAUGCUGGGAGUACCUACUGGUUCUCCAGUUUCCAGUCAUACGUCAUCUUCAGAUUACUUUGUUAAAAUUAACUUUUUGAAGUCAUGUGCUCGAGAUCACUUGGCAGAAAAGGUGGUGAGCAAUCCAAUGAGAGAUGAACUAGAAGUUAUUCAGGCCCUGACAGCCCUCCAAAUAAUUAUUGAUGCAAAUGAAAACAUUUCCAGUACAACAUAUUUGCGAGUUUUGUCUGCCAUGAACAUUGCUGCUGAAAGAAUGUGGUUCAGCUAUUUUGCUCAAGUCAGAACUGAGGCAGCAGAGGAAUAUUUCAUUCUUUCUUCGGCCAUGUUAGACAAGCAAACAGAGAUGUAUGACUGGAACAGCACAUCUAUUGAUCUGAUCACCAACAUCAUCACUCAGCUGCUGGACAUCAUGGAGAUAGAGACCAGUGCCAGGUUUCGGGAGGAGAAGCCUCUUGUUUGGUACACAGAUACCCUUACCUUCUAUGGCUACUGGGCUGAGUCUUUGAACAUCAACAAAUGGAACAACACUGUGCCUUUCUUGUUUGAGUCUGGCAGUGUCUUCUUUGGGGUAACCCUUGUCCAGGCUCUGGUGCACACAGUGUCUCCAUUCAACCUUCCUGUGGACCCAAUUACCUCUGAAGUGGUCUACCUUGCCAUUUACAUGCCUUCGUAUAUCAACCGUAAAGUUGAGGUAACGCUUAGGCACUCUGUCAAGAGGUCAGGAAUAGACUUUGACUUCCGGCGUGAUGGUGUACUCUCCCCAGAGUCCCUCAGCGUCUAUGAGUUUGAAGUGCAGUGUGACCAACAACCGCUGGUCUUUAACGUGCUCCUCGAAGUGACCAGAGUCCUAAAUUCCCAGUACCCAGUGGCAGCAGUGGUGCUUAUAUGUGAAGAUUUGCAAAGUCUCUAUGAGCCACUAUACAAACAAGAGCUGAUGGCCACAGCAGAGCCUUCAGAUGUGCUGCUGACUGUGCCUACUAAUGGGCUACCCACAGGCAAAAUGUUGCUCAUCAUCAUAGACAAAAAUAGCUAUGAUAAUAAUUGGGGAAGGUACAAUACAUCUUCCACAGUUAUCGGUGCUGACUUCAAGGUGAGUGCCUGGUGGUCUCGCUGUAUGGUGUGGAACAGCAGCACUUGGGAUGACGAACCGUGUUCUGUUGUCAGCGAGUCUUCCUCCUGGGAUAGGACAGUUUGCAGCUGUGACUCAAAACACUCGGUGUAUGGAGCCCAGACUAUACCCGUCUUGGAUGAGGAAAGCAAGAUAGAUGUCAAUGAACUCAUGCUUCAUGAAACUUACAUAGCUCUGUACUUCAUUAUUCUGCUCCUAGUGUUCUACUUCCUCUUGGCUUUAGCCGUGCAAACAUCUGAUAGACACAGGCUUAGAAGAAGAAAUAUUUGGCUCCGGGACAACAAGUUAGAGCAUGAGUGGGCAUACUUAUUGACCAUCAAAACUGGUACUCAGUGGAAUGCUGGCACCACAUCAAAGGUGUAUGCCAUCCUCCAUGGGACCCACGGCAUGAGUGAGACCCGGGAGCUGCAGAGCAAACAGACUGGACAGCUUUUUACCCGUGGCGCGCUCUGUACCUUCAUUCUGACAACACCGGAACCCCUGGGGGAUAUCCUGAAGGUGCAGGUGUGGCAUGAUAACAGCGGUGGAAGUGAGUCAGGCUGGUUUGUGUGCGAGACCAGUGUUGCUGACCUGGUUCUUGGGGCCAUCUAUAUUUAUCCAUGCUACCGCUGGCUUUCAGUCCAAGCCGAAGAUGCCAAGAUAGAAAGGGAAAUAACUCUGGAAAGCCCAACAACGUUUUUGCAGGACUUUGAGCACUUCCUGCCUCAGUAUGCCAGUGAGCACAUGCUAUGGACUUCACUGCUCACCACCUCCAACACUGCCAAGCUUUACCGCCUGCAGCGCCUUACCAUAUGUCUCAUUGUAUGCCUCUGUUUGGGCACUGUAUCACUUUGGGUUGUUAAGAAAAUCAACAAUAAGCACACGAUGAUGGUCCCAGAUAUGCAUAUUGAGCCACUGUACUAUGGUGUCAUCAUUGCUAUGGUGCUGCUACCAGUACAGUGGGUGCUGGAGAUGAUAUUCAAGAUGAGCAAUAAACUGGAAGAAAAAGAAUAUAAUGCCAAAGCAGUUUUGGACACUCUAAGAGUCACUAAAUCAGAUGCCUCAGCCAAUACUGAUGACACACAGUCUUCCAAUGACCCUCCUGACAGUGAAGCAAAUAUUUAUGACCCUGAAGCUGAAAUAUGGAAAAAUCUAAGGAAAUGGGGUUUAUCUACUGAACUGUCACAAAAUGUAUCCCAUAUGCUUCAUCCAACCUUGGUACAAGAUUUGGAGACAGACAAUGUUGAGAUUAUUCAGCGGUUGAGAUCAAGUACAGGAAAUGUGUCCAGAAUGUUUCAGUCUGAUGGUGAAUUCACUGCCAUUCAACCUGAGUCACCUCAGCCUGACACUUCAGUAGAAACAGAUCCUGAAGCAGCUGAAACUUCUGAAGAGAGUAACAAAAUAUGCUCCACAUCUUUUCUUGGGGCAUUACCAAAGCUUCUAAAACCUAUUGGCCUUCAGUGUCUAUCCACAAAUAAUGCCAAGAAUAAGCCAUGUGCGCAAGAAGAAAACUGGGAAGCUGGUGAUGAUGAAGAUUAUGAAGAUGAUGAGGAUGCAGAGAGUGAUGACCUGAGGGUUUCUUCAAGCAUAACCUUCAUCUUCUCUCAAUGUGUAGGCUGGAUAAUGUGCUGCAUCUUUGUAGCCAUGUGCUGCAUGGUGCUCUACAUCUAUGGGUCAGGCAUGCCAAUGGACUACAGUGCUUUGUGGAUCCACAUCAUCUAUGUGACUCUCUGCUGCUCCAUAUUUGUUAUGCAGCCUCUUGUGGUUGUCAUUUACACCUUUUAUAAGGUUUGUGUGUACCGAUGGCUUGGGUGCAGAGGCUGCAUCAGCUCCUGCAUCACUGUCCCUCUGGACCAGGUGGUGGACAUUUGGAAUCGUUACCAGACUGCCCUGCGAAGACAAACACUCACCACACCAGAUAAUAACACUGAGAAAUUAUUAGAAGAGAGGCAAAGAACAAGAGAACUUAGAUCAGCUCAUCCUCCAAGUGAAGAUUAUUUACUUAAGUGUCGUGAAAAGGAAAUUCGCCGAGAAAAGGUGUACAGCUUGUUCAGGAAUACUCUUGGACAUCUGGCUCUCUUGAUGGUGUUGAUAAUUCUUGCCAACAACGUGAAUAUUUACAAGCGAUUCAGUUUGAAUGAAGCUAUUUCUUCCUCUCUAAAAAAUGGUUCAUGUUUAGAUACUGCACGCUACAGGGAUCCCUGUACCUUGGCUCAAGGAGAUUACUGCAAUCAAAUACCAAAUGAAAAUUACAUGACUUUUGAGGAUAUCAAGACUAAAGAUGAUUGGUGGCAGUGGGCAUACACUGAGCUGAUUGCAUUAACUUAUAGCAAUCAUGAUGAAUCAUUUAGUGACUAUAACAUUUUCUGCGAUACAAACAGCAUCAUCAUUGGACAGCCCAGACUCAGGAAAUAUGACAGCACUUCUCAGGAGUGUGAAGCAAGCAAGGUCAAGAUUGACAGCAAUAGAUCUAUGGCAGAUCUUCUGAAAAUUGGAAAUUGCUUCCCUGAUUAUGUAGAUGAAGUGCCUCACUUGUUUUCUUUUGGCUCAAACAUGGACAAAGAAUAUGAAUGGGAUGCCCACUUCCUGGCAGUUACUCAUGGGCAGUAUAGUCAGUAUAGCUACACAUCUUACAAGCAAGACUUACCAAGCUCUAAGUAUAGUGCAGAUUUGAUGUUUUAUCUCCUCCAAACAAACAACUGGAUGAACAACAAUGGUACACGUGCAGUCGUCACCGAAUUCACCCUCUACCACCCACAAACCAACCUGUACACAACACUCAACUUGUUGGCAGAGUUCCCAUCUUUAUCAGGGGCUGAGAUGACAGUCUUUAUUUCAUCAUCACCCAUUGAAAGAUAUGAAAGAAGAUUGGCUGUGAUAUAUAUGCUGAAUGAGGCUAUUCUUUUGGGAAUAGCAAUGUAUUAUCUGAAGCUAAUUGCAGUAUACAUCUAUAACUGUAGAUUCAGGAUCUGGAAAUCCUAUUGGGGGAUGCUAGAUGUUCUGAUGACCGUCUUCAGCUGGAGUUACAUUGUCUGUCUGAUGUUACGGGUGCAAAUAGCUGAGGAUGCCAUGUGGCAGCUCCGAGUGGCUUACUUCCAGAAGUUUGUUAAUCUAAAGGGACUAACUACCUGGGAUGGAGUUCUGGAAACAUUGAUUGGUUGCAUGUUGACUGUCCAUCUCCUACGCUGCUUAAGUCUUGUAAAAUAUUUGCCUCGUUCAUACCGCCUGGGACUUGUACUGGCUAGUGCGUGGAAAGAUGUAAAAAUUAUAAGUCGGUACCUGCUGGUGUUUCUGAUCGCCUUCAUGUGCUUGGGACACACCUGGUUCAACACUCGUCUUUGGGAAUUCCAUUCACAUCCUGAAACUCUUCUCACUCUCCUGAAGAUGGUCUUGAUGCAACUGCCAUUCCUAAGAGUCAUAGAAGAAGAAGCAACAGGAUCUGUGUCUGUCUUGGGCUACUUGUACUACCUGCUUACUUAUGUGUUCCUAUACCAAUUGAUGAGGGCCCUGUAUGUAGCUGCCUUUCUGAAUGCUCGCAAGACAUUUGUGGAUAAGCCUGGACUGGAUGUCAAAUGGAAGGAUAUAACUUUUUAUAUGAAGGAGCGCUACCAGUCUCUUCUUGGGAAAAUUUGCCAGAAAGAGAAAGAGGAAGAAAGUCAGCCUGCUGACAACACUCCUCCAGAUUUCUACAUGGCUGAGUUGGAGCUGCAGAUUAACCAGGUGAUGAGUGGGCUGGAGAGCCUAGCUGAAUCACUGGGCGUAGUGGUUGAUCGUAUGAACAGACUGGAAGACACACAGUCAUGUUAUUCAGACACAAUUGAUUCUGAGGAGCAUCUAUGGAGAGAUAAUGAUGGCUUAUGCAGCAAUGAUGAAACUUGGCAAGAGGAAGAUAGUGAGUCAAGAACUUCUACAUUUUUGAAUGAGAGAGAGACCACAUGGGACUCCAUGCAACAACAAUUGGAUGUGGGGGAAUCUGAUUUUAGAUUUGAAACAAAUUGUACCCAGGGUGCACGACCAAGAUUUGUAAAUGAAGCUGUCAAUGAACGUAAAAUGUCAGUCAACAAAGAAAUUAACCUUGAUGCUUUUACUGAUAUAGAAAGUUGUCAGACAGGAAUUGAAGCCCUAACUCAAAAAUGGAACUCAGCAUUAGGUGAUCCAUCCUUUGAAUUGCUAGAUGAUGGUGGUACACUAGAAAAGUUCCUGAAGGAUGUCUCGGAAAGUUUUGACAACUUCACAUCUUUCGGAAAAUAUGGAAAGACACAGUUAAGAGUGAAUACAAGAAUACAUCCAAGCCAUGAGUCUCUAAAUUUGUCACAAAACAACAGUGGAGUGACAGAAAAUGUAACACAUCAGAAAGGGAUACACUCAGACAGUGCUGAUGGUUCUGUUCCCAGAGGCAUCAGCUCGAGGCUUUGCAAAACCCAGACACAAGGUCGAGGAAAGGGACAAGUAGAUGCAUUGGACAUUUCCAUCUUAGAAUCUGAUCAUGAGGAUGAGAGUAAUUGCUGAGGGAAAGUAGAAACAAACUUAGUGUGCUCUUUAGUUGGAUGGAGGAUGAAUAGAUUAUUUACUGCUAAAAAAGAUUAUGUAAAUGAGAUAUUGUCUAAAGCAUUUGUGAGAGGACAAUUCUAUAUUUGUCUAAGAAACAUGGCUUGCAUGUAAAUUGUUGAUUAUAGAUACACUUUGAAUUAUUAUAGCUAUAUACAAUUUUUCAUCAUUACUGCUUGCUGCUUUCACACAAGAUGUAUUACCUCGUGGUUCAUCAUGAUAUCUUUCAUUAAUUUACCACAAAUGUAUAUGUGUGGUAUCAAAGCAGAGACACAAAAGCAAACGAGGAUGCAUUGUGUCUAACAUUGCCUGUGUUCCAGUUUUGUAACAAUAGUAAAAAUGUAAGUCUUCCUAACAUAACUAAGAUUAAUCAUGUUGACAUGACAUUACUUUUAGGGUAUAAAAUUACAAAGUGUAAUUGCCAGGUCAAUCAUGUUUGGCAUGGCCUGUAGACUUAAUCAUAUUAUUAACUACAGCAGAAAAAAAAUUGUAAUAAUUCUUGAAUAAAAUUAAAUCUAUUGUU